UAACUCAGCACCAACCCGCAGUAACCAGUCAGCAAACGUUUAUUUAGCACCUGCUGCCCCCUGUGGCGAGCACUGGGGGUGCGGGGAGCGCCAGGAGGGGGCGGGGUGUGCUGUACUGAUCUCCAUUUUACAGACGAGGAAACUGAGGCACACAGGUGAAGUGACUUGCCCAGGAUCAUGUGGCUAGUCAGUGUCUGAGGUCAAAUCUGAACUCGGCUCUCUAUCCUCUGCCCCACCUGACAAAGUGAGGCCCAUGAGGGGCUGAGGAGUCAGGGGUCCAACCCAGGCCUUUUCUGGGCCUGUGCUCUCCCCCCCCCCAAGCUGGGCUGCCUCCUGGAGGAAGCCACGGGAGCCUGGCGGGAGGGGGCGGGGUCUCCUUUCUGGGCCUGUUGCUCUCUCUAGGGAACGAGGGCGGGGCUACUGAUUCAGUGACGUCACGGAACCCGUUCCCGGAAGUGGGGCUUUAGCUUCCGCCACGCUCAACAUGGCGUCCCCCGCCCGGCGUCCGCCUUAACGUGAUGGCUGCGCCGGCGUGGGGAUGGGGGCGGCCAAUCAGACCCCUCCCCUGCAGCCACACUCAACAUGGCCACACCCAGCAUCCUCCGCGCGCAGGGGUCAAAGGGUGACAGCACUGGUGGCGGGAAACGCGAGCCUGGGAGAGGGGAGCAGAGUCAGUCCUGCGAGCCAGAUGGAGCACAAGCGCCGCCCAGCCCCCAGCACGGGGCCCCCCGGGGCCAAGCGUCUCCGGGGGCCCGGGGGGGCCUGGGCCGAAGAGGACGAGGUUCCCCCGUCCCAGUUCGAGGAGGAGCUGGCCCUGAUGGAGGAGAUGGAGGCCGAGAGGAGGCUGCAGGAGCAGGAGGAGGAGGAGCUGCUGCUGCCCCCGGAGGGAGCCGCAGGACAGUUCCUUCCUUCUGCCCAGGACGCGCGCUGGCUCCGGCCUGCCCCGCCAGCCCUGGACCCCAGGACGCAGGCCCUUGUCUUUCAGCAGCUUGAGAUUGAUCAUUACGUGGGUUCCCCGCUGUCACCGCCACUCCCGGGGGCCCCCUCAUCAGCCUCCGAGGCCGUCCCCAUCCUCCGGGCCUUCGGGGUCACAGAGGCCGGAGUCUCCGUCUGCUGUCAUAUCCACGGCUUUGCCCCCUAUUUCUACGUCCCUGCACCCACAGGCUUUGGCCCCGAGCACCUGGGGGACCUGCAGCGGGAGCUGAACUCUGCCGUGAGCCGGGAGCAGCGCGGGGGCAAGGAGCUGAAGGGGCCGGCGGUCCUGGGGGUGGAGCUGUGCUCCCGCGAGAGCAUGUACGGCUACGUGGGUCGGGGCCCCUCGCCCUUCCUGCGGGUGACCCUGGCCCUGCCUCGCCUCGUGGCCCCUGCCCGGCGCCUGCUGGAGAAUGGCAUCCGUCUCCCCAGCCUCGGCUCACCCAGCUUCCCACCCUACGAGGCCAACGUGGACUUUGAGAUCCGGUUCAUGGUGGACACUGACAUAGUUGGAUGUAACUGGGUCGAGCUCCCAGCGGAGAAGUACCGGCUGAGGACCGAGGGCAAGGCCACACUGUGUCAGCUGGAAGUGGACGUGCUGUGGUCACACGUGGUCAGCCACCCUCCAGAGGGGCCCUGGCAGCAGAUCGCCCCCCUCAGGGUGCUGAGUUUUGACAUCGAAUGUGCUGGGAGGAAAGGCAUCUUUCCGGAGCCCGAGAGGGAUCCCGUGAUCCAGAUCUGUUCUGUGGGCCUGCGGUGGGGAGAAACAGAGCCCUUCCUGCGCCUCGCCCUGACCCUGCGCCCCUGUGCCCCCAUUUUGGGUGCUCACGUCCUCAGCUUUGAUCGCGAGGAAGACCUUCUGGAGGCCUGGGCCACCUUUGUCCGCACCAUGGACCCCGACGUCAUAACCGGCUAUAACAUCCAGAACUUUGACCUCCCGUACCUCAUCUCCAGGGCACAGACCCUCAAGGUCUCGUCCUUCCCCUUCUUGGGCCGGAUCUCUGGCCUCCGCUCCCAGAUCCGUGACUCUUCCUUUCAGUCCAAGCAGACGGGCCGGCGGGACAGCAAAGUGGUCAGCAUGACCGGGCGGGUGCAGAUGGACAUGCUGCAGGUCCUGCUUCGAGAGCACAAGCUGCGCUCCUACACCCUCAAUGCCGUCAGCUUCCACUUCUUAGGGGAGCAGAAGGAGGACGUGCAGCACAGCAUCAUCACUGACCUGCAGAACGGCAACGACCAGUCCCGCCGCCGCCUGGCCGUGUACUGUCUGAAGGACGCCUUCCUGCCCCUGCGGCUCCUCGAGCGCCUCAUGGUCUUGGUCAACGCCGUGGAGAUGGCCAGAGUCACGGGCGUCCCCCUGGGCUACCUGCUCACCCGCGGCCAGCAGGUCAAGGUCGUGUCCCAGCUGCUGCGCCAGGCGGUUCGGGAGGGCCUGGUGAUGCCGGUGGUGAAGACAGAGGGGGGCGAGGAUUACACAGGAGCCACUGUGAUCGAGCCCCUGAAAGGGUACUACGACGUCCCCAUCGCCACCCUGGACUUCUCUUCCCUGUACCCGUCCAUCAUGAUGGCCCACAACCUGUGCUACACGACGCUGCUCAGGCCGGGGGCUGCCCAGAAGCUGGGCCUGACCGCUGACCAGUUCAUAAAGACGCCGACGGGGAAUGAAUUUGUGAAGGCCUCUGUGAGGAAGGGGCUUCUGCCCCAGAUCUUGGAGAACCUGCUCAGCGCCCGGAAGAGGGCCAAGGCAGAGCUGGCCAGAGAAACGGAUCCCCUGCGGCGGCAGGUCCUGGACGGACGGCAGUUGGCGCUGAAGGUCAGCGCCAACUCCGUCUACGGCUUCACCGGCGCCCAGGUUGGGAAGCUGCCCUGUGUGGAGAUCUCCCAGAGUGUCACUGGCUUUGGGCGACAGAUGAUUGAGAAGACCAAGCAGCUGGUCGAGUCCAAGUAUACCAUGGAGAACGGGUACAGCGCCGACGCCAAGGUGGUGUAUGGAGACACCGACUCCGUGAUGUGCCGUUUUGGGGUCACCUCGGUAGCAGAGGCCAUGGCGCUGGGUCGAGAGGCCGCAGACUGGGUGUCCAGCCACUUCAUCUCCCCCAUACGGUUGGAGUUUGAAAAGGUCUAUUUCCCAUACCUGCUCAUCAGCAAGAAGCGCUACGCAGGCCUCCUCUUCUCCUCGCGGGCUGACGCUCACGACAAGAUGGACUGCAAGGGGCUGGAGGCCGUCCGCCGAGACAACUGCCCUCUCGUCGCCAACCUGGUCACGUCCUCCCUGCGCCGUCUCCUCAUCGACAGGGACCCCUCUGGCGCGGUGACCCACGCCCAGGACGUCAUCUCGGACCUCCUCUGCAACCGGAUCGACAUCUCGCAGCUGGUCAUCACCAAGGAGCUGACGAGGGCCGCCGCCGACUACGCCGGGAAGCAGGCCCACGUUGAGCUGGCCGAGAGGAUGAGAAAACGGGACCCCGGCAGUGCCCCCAGCCUGGGGGACCGAGUGCCUUAUGUCAUCAUCAGUGCCACCAAGGGUGUGGCGGCCUACAUGAAGUCUGAGGACCCCCUGUUUGUUCUGGAGCACAGCCUGCCCAUCGACACGCAGUAUUACCUGGAGCAGCAGCUGGCGAAGCCCCUCUUGAGAAUCUUUGAGCCCAUCCUGGGCGAGGGCCGGGCCGAGGCUGUGCUGCUGCGCGGUGAGCACACUCGCUACAAGACGGUGCCAACGGCCAAGGUCGGGGGGCUCCUGGCCUUCGCCACGCGCAGGAGCAGCUGCAUUGGCUGCCGGACCGUCCUCAGCCACCACGGAGCCGUGUGCAAGUUCUGCCUUCCAGCGCAGUCAGAGCUGUACCAGAAGGAGGUAGCCCACCUGAGCGCCCUGGAGGAGCGCUUCGCCCGCCUGUGGACCCAGUGCCAGCGCUGUCAGGGCAGUCUGCACGAGGACGUGCUCUGCACCAGCCGGGAUUGUCCCAUCUUCUACAUGCGAAAAAAGGUGCAGAAAGACCUGGAUGAUCAAGAGCAGCUCCUGGCUCGGUUUGGGCCCCCGGGCCCCACGACCUGGUGACAGGAUGGCCAGGGACGGGGGAUGGGCUUGGACAGCGGCAUCAAUAAAAAUUUGGGCCUUUGGG